AUGCUCAAGGCUGCCUUGCUUUCCUCAACCUUCAGCAUGGCAGGCGUCCAAUGUUGGACUCUUUUCCCCACUCAGGGCGAUACACCGAUGUCAUGGAACAUGGCCGAGGAUUGGUUUUGUUCGCCAUUGGGUACCUGUCAUGUCCCAAACAACGUGAUUACCGCCCUGAAGAUAUGUGCAGUUGCUCUGGCUUUUGCCUCGCUACAACAAGGCUUGCUAGCCGUCACUUUGCAUCUAGUCGGCAUCAUUGUCAACACCGCUCAAGACGAACAGUACUGGAGGCAGCUAGGCCAUCCAAAGGGGUUGAGGUUGGACACAAAUACUGUGCUGCAAUUCAUCACUAGCCCUCUUAGCGUAUUUACUCUCAGCAAACCUAUAUUACAUUGGAUGUUGAGCUUGACUAGCAAUGCUGACAUUUACAGCACCCUCAUCUUUGAAUGGUACCCAGUUCAAAUAUUGAACUUUACCCUUUUUCUUGCAAUGGUCGCGGCCAUUCUCACCAUGCUCGCACUCUGGCGCCCUCGAGGAUUCCAGCCUGCUACGUAUGGCCACAUCCAAUCGAUUGCUGACCUCGUUGAUGAGUGGCCAGCAGAGGGCCAGAAACGGAUGUACUGGGGUCACAAGGGCCUUCACGAACCAAGACAUCCUGAACGCAGGUUUUCAGACUGGCACGCUGGAGAGAAGUGGUGUCACGCUGGGACAAGCCCCAUACCGCUGAAACCGGUAAAUGGGAAUGCACUCUAUGCAUGA